GUGCCCCAGUGGCACACGUCCAAACCAGCGCCCAUGACCCCAGCAUUGGUGCACAAGCCAUAACUCGCUCCGCUGGUGGUUGGAAAGUCGUAGAGGGAACCCUGCUGGAGAGGGACCGCAUGGGCAGGAAAGGCAGCUCGCAGGUGAACUCUUCCCCUCCCUGCCCCCAGGCACAGACGCGGGUGAAACUCAACUACUUAGACCAGAUUGCCAAGUUCUGGGAGAUCCAGGGUUCCUCGCUCAAGAUCCCCAACGUGGAGCGGCGCAUCCUUGAUCUCUACAGCCUGAGCAAGGUGGUGCUGGAGGAGGGGGGCUAUGAGGCCAUCUGCAGGGACCGGCGGUGGGCGCGCGUGGCCCAGCGCCUCGCCUACCCCUCGGGCAAGAACAUUGGCUCCUUGCUGCGCUCCCACUACGAACGCAUCAUCUACCCCUACGAGAUGUACCAGUCAGGGGCCCACCUGGNGCAGUGCGACGCACGGCCCUUCGACAGCGAGGAGAAGGACAAGGAGUACAAGCCCCAUAGCAUCCCCCUGCGCCAGUCCGUGCAGCCCUCCAAGUUUAACAGCUCCGGGCGCCGGGCCAAGCGGCUGCAGGAAGAGCCAGAGCCGACAGAGGAGGACAUCGAGAAGAACCCGGAGCUGAAGAAACUGCAGAUCUACGGCGCAGGCCCCAAGAUGCUGGGCCUGGGGCUGGUGGCCAAGGAUAAAACCCUGCGGAAGAAAGACAAGGAGGGCCCCGAGUGUCCCCCCACGGUGGUGGUGAAGGAGGAGCCCCCUGGGCUGGAUUCUCGGCUAGAGCCGGCAUCGCCCCGACCCUUCCUGGAGGUGAAGGAGGAGCUGAGGCACAGCCCUGAGCCCUGCACCAAGAUGACCAUGCGCCUGCGCCGGAGCCACGGCAGCUCCCAGUUUAUCGACUCCUACGUGUGCCGGAUCUGUGCCCGGGGUGACGAGGACGACAAGCUGCUGCUGUGUGACGGCUGCGACGACAACUACCACAUCUUCUGCCUGCUGCCCCCCCUGCCUGAGAUCCCCAAGGGCCUCUGGCGCUGCCCCAAUGGUGGUGAGGGGUGGGGCUGGCUGCAGGAGUGCAAGCGCCCCCCUGAGGCGUUCGGCUUCGAGCAGGCCACGCGGGAGUACACGCUGCAGAGCUUCGGGGAGAUGGCUGACACCUUCAAAGCCGACUACUUCAACAUGCCUGUCCACGUGAGUGGCCUACUGGCGCUGGAGGGGGCAGGGGCUCGGACGGGCUCUCUCCCUGGCUCUGGGCAGGAUGGGGGGAGGUCUCAGCCCCACCUGUCCCUGCAGGAGUACGCGGCCAGUGGCUGGAACCUGAACGUGAUGCCGGUGCUGCAGCAGUCUGUGCUGUGCCACAUCAACGCCGACAUCUCGGGCAUGAAGGUGCCCUGGCUCUACGUGGGCAUGGUCUUCUCCGCCUUCUGCUGGCACAUCGAGGACCACUGGAGCUACUCCAUCAACUACCUCCACUGGUGGGGCCAGGCAGGGGCUCCGGCGUCCCUUGGGCUGGGGGGGACAAGUUGGGGGCACAAAUGUGACCCUGCUGUGGUAGCUGCCCCACUGAGCCCGGGGCGAGCCCAGGACGUGAGCCAGCCGGACCUGCUGCACCAGCUCGUCACACUCAUGAACCCCAACACGCUCAUGGCCCAUGGCGUGCCGCUCCUCCGGACCAAUCAGUGUGCGGGAGAGUUCGUCAUCACCUUCCCCCGGGCCUAUCACAGCGGCUUCAAUCAGGGCUACAACUUCGCUGAAGCUGUGAGACUCUGCACUGUGCCCCUGGCCCUCGUGCAGGGCCUGGCCCAGGCGGGUGCCACCGUGGCCCCCAGCCCAGCUGUGGAAAAGGCCAGGGCUGAGCUGCAGGAGCUGCUCACCAUCGCCCAGCGCUGGGAGGAGAAGGCCCACCUCUGCCUCGAGGCCAGGCAGAAGCAUCCUCCAGCCUCCUUGGAAGCCAUCAUCAAGGAGGCGGAGAACGUCCCCGUGCACCUGCCCAACAUCCUGGCCCUGAAGGAGGCGCUGGCCAAAGCCCGGGCCUGGAUCGCAGAUGUGGAGGAGAUCCAG